CCAGUGAUGCGUCCCCUAGCCCUCCUCCUGCUGCUGCUGUCGGGGGCCCUGGCCCUGACCGAGACCAGGACGGGCUCCCACUCCCUGAGGUAUUUGUUCACUGUGGUGUCCCAGCCUGGCCGCAGGGAGCCCCGGUAUUUGGAACGCAGCUAUGUGGACGACACGCAGUUCCCGCUGUUUGACAGCGACUCUGCCAGUCUGAGGAUGGAGCCACGGGCGCCCUGGGUGGAGCAGGAGGGGCUGGAGUAUUGGGCCCAGCAGACCCGGGACUCUAGGACAUGCAUACAGACACUCUGAGGGAGGCUGCAAGAAGUGGGCAGCUACUGCAACCCAAGCGAGGCCGGGUUUCACACCUUCCAGAGAGUGAUAGGCUGCCACGUGGGGCCUGAUGGGCGCUUUCUGCACGGGUACCUUCGUGAUGCCUAUGAUGGCGUGGAUCACAUCGCCCUGAAUAAGGACCUGUGCUCCUGGACCAAGGCAGACUCCACCGCGCAGAUCACUGGUCAGAAGUGGGAGGCAACUGGUGUGGCAGAGCAGUACAGGAACUAUAUGGAGCGCAGAUGCAUGGAGUGGCUCCACAGGCACAUGGAGAAGGGGUAGGAGAUGCUGCUGCGCACAGAACCCCCCAACACACAUGUGACCCGCCACCCCAUCUCUGACCAUGAUGUCGCCCUGAAGUGCUGGGCCCUGGGCUUCUACCCUGUGGAGAUCACUCUGACCUAGCAGCAUGAUGAGGAGGAUCUGACCCAGGACACAGAGCUUGUGGAGACCAGGCCCGCAGGGGAUGGAACCUUCCAGAAGCGGGCGGCUGUAGUGGUGCCUUCUGGAGAGGAGCAGAGAUACAUGUGCCAUGUGCAGCACAAGGGGCUGCCCCAGCCCAUCACCUUGAGAUGGGAGCUGCCACCUGAGCCUACCAUCCCCAUCAUGGGCACCAUUGUUGCCCUGGUUCUUGUGGUCACUGGAGCUGUGGUGGUGGGAACUGUGAUGUGGAGGAAGAAGCACUCAAGAAGGGAAGGGAGUGGGAGGGGAAUUUGA